CGCGGCUGAUCUGUGCUUUUACGCAUGGAAGUUGGAAUCAGCCUCAUUACCUUUACGCAUGGCUGUGUCUCGUCUCUUCGGAAGAUGCUGCCGGGCUUAUGAGAGCGUGUCAGGGCGUCAAGAGCGGGGUAAAAAGUGAGCAACGAUGCGGGGCACUGAGCUGCUGCUCGGUUACUUUCUGGUGAAAGUUAUGGUGUGCGACGCGGAGGGCGAGCCGGGUCAGACCGUCGACGACUUCAUAAUAGUAACCGGGUUCAACGACUCAAAAGAAGGGGAGAGCAGAGUCACGGAGAACCCGCACAUGGAGGACAAGUGCCGCGGCUACUACGACGUGAUGGGCCAGUGGGACCCGCCGUUCGUGUGCAGGACGGGCAGCUACCUGUAUUGCUGCGGCACCUGUGGCUUCCGGUUCUGCUGCGCGUUUAAAAGCUCCAGGCUGGACCAGACCACCUGUAAGAACUACGACACCCCGCCGUGGAUGAUGACAGGCAAACCCCCGCCGAAAGUGGACGUGGCGCUGGACACCGCGAAGGAUAAAACGAACCUCAUUGUGUAUGUCAUAUGCGGGGUCGUGGCCAUAAUGGCACUGAUAGGAAUUUUCACCAAGCUCGGUUUGGAAAAGACGCACCGGCCGCACAGAGAGAACAUGUCGAGGGCUCUCGCACACGUGAUCCGCCACCCAGCGACAGAGCAUACGGACGACAUUGGACUUGGCCAACACUAUGAGAACAUACAAACCAGAGUCACAGUUAACAGCCUCCAUAGCAACCAGAUGAACAACGUGGUUCAAACUUCAACUUUAAUAACUCAGCCUUACCCGGCUGUGGGACAGAUCACCAGCCCUUACGAACAACAGAAGCCUGUCAAGGAUCUCAACAAGUACGCCACGCUCAAGGCCGUGGCAGAGAAAGCCAACGACAGCUUCUACAGCAACCGUCGGCAAGUGAUCGAGAUGACAACCAAGGGCAGCCUUCCCAUGGAAGCUGUGGAUAUGGAGCCAGAGCCGAGUAAUCCCUACAGCCCACCAAGACAGCUGUCUACAAAGCAGAAUGGACACAAGUACAAAAGCCCCAAGAGUCACAGCUCCCAGACGCUCUGCUACGGCUCCAGCUCUGCUGCCAGCCCGGGGGUGCUAAGGUCCUGGGAGAGCAAGGAGACGUCGGGACCCCGACAGAGCUACGGCCCAAAGAAACUCUGCAUCGUAGAGAAGGAGCUGCACACCACUCGCUACAUGCUCCCACAACCGUACUUUGUCACCAACAGCAAGACAGAAGUGACAGUAUGAGGGAUUGUCUAAACACAGGGCUUAAAAGGAGCCUGCAUUUAAGAUGCUGACUGAGGGUUCUCUCUCCAAGAAAGCAGCACAGACUCCUGUAAGUGCAGUUGUGCAUGUAAUGGGCAGCAUUUAAGAUGCCACCUGAAGGUGAAGUGUGCUGGAACAGGAAACGGUAUCAAUCACCGUGGCCUCAGGAAGGCACGGUGGUGAAUAUAUUGUCAUCAAUAUUCAUAUAAUCCAAGUGCUAAAACAAAACACAAAGCUAAAUAAAUCAUAUAUAUCAAUGAUGGGACAUGUGACACAUACAGGACAGCUGUCAAUAUUCACUACAUCAUAUCAAAAGACCUGCAAAUUAGAGCAUCUAAUGUAACUUUUAUUAAAUCAACGGUGUCUAAAUGAGAAAAUCUUUCUUAUUUACUGUAUUUAAUCAAGGUUGAGUCGUCUAAGGUUAAUUGGGUUUUGAUGAAAUGCUUUAUUGGACAGUUUAUAGAUGCUGUUUGAAAAAGGUUGGCACUGCUUACAUGACAAGGAGGAGAAAUUAUUGCACUACUCCAAUAAGUGUAGUGUUUUCGGCUUGCCUGUCUGAGGCUGAUAAAUUUGAGCAAAUUACCUGAAUAAAUUGAACCAGUCCAAAAUUCUCAUUAUUUUAUUUAUUUGAAAUGAAAGGAUCCAUUAUAGUUUUCAGCAUGUUACACUAGUGACUGUUAAUGAGUAAGAAGUUAUAGUCACAGUUAUAUGAGGAUAACUAACAAUUUUGGGAGAUCAAAGGGAAUUUUUUGAUUUUUUUUUUUUUUUUUAACUUCAUUGUCCUCUAGAAUUGAAUCACACCCUAAGCUGUACCCUGCUCUCAAUAUGAGCCCUCCAAAAGAUUGAUUAUGUUUGUGUUUUCUUUAAAAGCCAAUAAAUCAUGCCCAAUUUAGACGGCCAUGACCAUCACUAACUUAAGUAAGAACUGUUUUGAUUUAAGAAAAAGACUUUGAGAUAUAAAAUUGUCCAAAAGUAAGUUAUUCAGGUUCAUUUCCAAAAUGCUGUACAUUCAUUCUGGGGACAAAUCAUAAGCUAACUUUAUAUCAGUCAGUAUUUCUAAAAUGUAGACAGUUGAGUCUGUGACAGCGUUACCUGUUGACUUAAAUCACUUAAGAUCCAUUUAAAUUUUGUGAAUGUAGUGUCACUUUAGAUGUCUCAUUUUACAGGAAAACUGCAUUCAAACCAAGUCACUGCCAACAGACAUCCUACUGAUACAUAUUUCUAUGAUAACUAGGAGAAGUAGCUGCAGAUUGUUGAACCAGUGUUGUAUUGGUGUAAUAGUGCCUCUCAUCAGUACCAGCAUGUGUGUGAUUAUCCUAGAAUAUACUGUAGAUGAAGCCCCAGGAUUAGAACGCCGAUUGGUCUUGUUCUUAGCCAUCAAUCAUGGCCCCAACAAACGUCAUUUUCGGUGUGAAGAUGGUGGCUCAGAGUUUGCAUCAGUGUGUGUAAUUUGAGUGAUUUUAAUCCCAAAUCUCACAUUUAAUGAAUGUUUCUGGACUGAAUAGCCUAAAUGCUAGCGGCAAUAGUUAUUAAAUCCAUUGUUGGACGCAAAGUAGUUUUUUUUUUUUGUCUGUUACUACACAGUCCUCUAAAUACAUCCAGACAAUUUGUUGGAUGAUGAACCUACUACAAUAUUUACCUGCUAUUUUGGUUAACUAUAUUAAAAAGCUUUGGUUGAACCACAGUGAAUUUAAUUUUAAAAAAUUGGUACUUUUAUCCCAGCUGAUAACUGAGACCUCACUAAAACAACACACCAGGACACUGGAAUUCAUGCCACACUUGGCAAAAACUUUUUAGUAACCAGGGUUUUCAGGAGCAGCUGGUCAUGUGUCGCACUGAUUUCCCAGCCAAACAAUAUAAAAGGAUGCUCGCGCCUGCCUGCAAGUCUUACUCAUGCGGUUGAUUAUUUCAAGCAGCGGAGGACAAGGCUACACUCAUAGCUGAGUGGGAAGUGGCAAUUGCUAGUAUAAAGGUGUAUUCAAGUCUUCUCAAGUCCAAUUCCUACAAAAGAAAAAACAUAACAAGGGCAGAAAUCUUGCAGACUGUUGUCUUUGGGUAGCUGUUACAACUGUAUGCACUAUACUAUAUACAAAAUAUGUAUAUCUGGUGCACCAAACUGUCCUUUCACAAUAAUCAUAAACUGUUUCAGUGUUUAUUUCACAGUUAUAUGAAAUCUGUUAUUCAAACUAUCCGAACACAACUGAGACUUUUUUUUAUUUAUGCAAACAAUAUUGUAUAGUCACUUAUCACUUGUUUUGUGAAUGCAAAUCGUUUUACUGAAAUCACUAUAAAUAAGCUACAAUACACCAUAUUUACACAUGGAAGAUCUAGUGAAAUAAUAAUGUGUAUAAUAUGUGUUUGCAUUACAACAUCCAGUAAUGAGAAGGCAGCAGCAAUGUUAUAUUUUGGUAAAGUUUAAAGGAAAGCCCCUAUGAUCACAGGUCUGAUACAGUUCACUAUGAAGGCUACCUAUUCUUUGUAUCACUGUUGGCUCACUAUCUGAUUACCUAAUUGCUCUAAUGAAUGUUAUUAUGUGUCUUUGUGUACGUUACAAAUUUACUUUGGUUUAAGAUCCCCUGUUGAAUAUAUUUACAAGCUCUGUGACUGACAUUUCACAUCCUCCAUUUAUGCUGGAAAAUUACUGAGCUGCACAUUUAUAUGUUUUCCACAUGUUGUUUGUGCCGUAAAAAUAUAAUCCCCAUGUUGCAAGUGUCCUGCAAAAACCUUGAAUCUCUACAAUGUCACAUUUGUCAUACUGAACUAUAUGAAAUUACAAUUAAACCAGUGAGUCAGUU